AUGAAUGAAGGACUUGUACCUGUUUAUUUCCUCGGCGGAUUGAUAUUUAUAGGAAAUGUAUCAUCUGCUUACGAGAAUAUUGCAUUAGAGAAGCAUGCCUGGCAGCUGCAUCCUUAUACCGGUCAGGCUUGGGGAGCAGAUAAAGCGGUGGAUGGACGGUAUUCAGACCGGUCGGCUGGAGGAGGACAAUGUGCGAUAAACGCAAAUUAUAAAAUAAAUGCAGAGUGGUGGGUAUAUCUGGGACAGUUACUCAGUAUACACCAUAUCACGAUAUACUACAGGACGGAUAAUGUUGUAUGGGACGAAACAAACGGUUACACAUCUCGAUUCCUUGGAUUCUCGGUUUACAUAUCGAACACAACCAAAAAAGAGGAGGGAAGACUUUGUUUUAAGGACACAAAUUACACCAAAUCCACAAUACCCGAUAUGAUUACAAUUGAAUGUCUUUUUCAUGGAAGAUACGUGAUUUACUACAAUGAGAGACUGUCGGGAUCUACCUACCCUAAUGGAUAUUCCAUGUUCGCCCACAAUGAACUCUGUGAAUUCCAAGUGUAUGGAUGUCCUGUCUCAGGAUUUUAUGGGAAAAACUGUUCGUUACCGUGUCCACAGAAUUGCCAGGAGAGACAUUGUAACAUUGUGGAUGGAACAUGUCUUGGAUGUAUUACUGGAUACAAAGGUUCACGAUGUGAAGAACAAUGUGAUAACAAUAAAUAUGGCCUUGGGUGUAACUUGACAUGCGGUAACUGUAGCAACGGAGAACAAUGUAAUCAUGUAAGCGGAAGUUGUCCAAACGGAUGUGACGCCGGGGCCCAAGGAGAUACAUGUAAUGAAGGUUGUCCCUUUGGUAGACACGGAAAGAAUUGUGUUGAAGUCUGUAAUCCAAACUGUAAAGGAGGCUGUAACAGAUUUACUGGUGUCUGUGAGUACGGUUGUUAUCCUGGAUGGAAGGGCACCUUCUGUGAGAUUGAAUGUGAUGGUCGGGCGUUCGGACAAGACUGUGGUCAGUCAUGUGGUUCGUGUUUGAAUUUAGAACAAUGUCACCACAUUAAUGGGACGUGUUUCUUUGGAUGUGAUAGAGGAUAUCAGGGAGAAAAAUGUAUUGAAGAAUGUCCCGAUGGACGUUAUGGAUACAACUGCCUAGAGAUGUGUAACAUAAACUGUGGAGAUCCCAUAAGAUGCGACAGAAAAACAGGGCAAUGUCAAAAUGGAUGUCAGACAGGGUGGAAAGACACGAAAUGUGAAAAAGAAUGUGAUUUGGGCAAAUUCGGACUUAACUGUGCACAGUCAUGUGGUGUUUGCUAUGAGAAAGAACAAUGUCAUCAUAUAAACGGGACAUGCUUAAAUGGCUGCGAUAAAGGUUACCAAGGAAUCAACUGUACACAAGAAUGCCGAUUGGGAUUCCAUGGUUAUGGAUGUAAUGAAACAUGCAGCACAGACUGUUUUAACAAAACAUGUGAUGCCACGACAGGAGAGUGUCUAUUGAUACAGACCCCAGAUCCACCAGAAAUCAACAUUGCCCCUAUAAUAGGAGGGGGCGUGGCUGCAACCAUUGUGAGCCUGACUGUUGUCAUAUUCGUAAUUGUGGUCAGAAGAAAGAAGGAGAGCAAAAGACGCAAUUCUCAGGAGAAAAUUGAUACUCAGCUUUCCUCAGAACAUGCAACACCUAACAUAUAUAUUUAUGACAACAUUGACGAAAAUGGCGAAUAUCAAGAACUUAGAAAAGUGGGACGUAGGACAGGAAUGUGUGAUAAAUUUGAGGACAAAGGAGGAUACGAAGAGCUGGGUCAAAUAAAACUGCCCCCUCGUUAUAAAUCACACGUGCAUAAGUAUUAA